AUGUUCCUGCACGCUGGUGCUAGUCUACACGGCCACGAGUACUCGACAAACCGGCCAUCGACACAGGCAGGCCAAGGACCGCUGCCUUUCCUUCGCUCUGCGCUUCGACGUCAGUCCGAUGGUGACAGAACUGCAAGGCCAAUGUCUGCAGUUAUCGCAUCAUCGCCAUUGCCAUCACCAUCACCACAACCUCGCCCGGUGUCAUAUCAUGAGAAGGUACCUUCAGUGACUACCGUGACACCGAUACGCCGAACUUCUCGUCCUAGACCAGUGUCCGAGUACAUGCCCCGGCGAGACUUAUCUGUUCGCUUCCGCGACCCUGAAACCGACGACGAAUUGCCUCCCUCAGAGGUCCAAAGUGAAGAUGAAGGCUCAGCUGCCUGCUCAGAUAUUAGCGACCUAAGUGAUUCUUCCACAACACCGCGAAGGAGAAGGAGAAAGCGCACUUUCAGAAAGUCGACCCAAUUUCAUCUCGCACACCCAGCUCCUAGACCAGGGGCCAGACAACGCAGGCUCGUCCAACGCCCAAGACUGCUUCUUCAACUUCAAGAACUGGGCGAGAAGCGUCCUAUCCCUGCCUUCGAUGUCGUCCCAUCCAGCCUCAUCACCGGUUCUCAGAUCGUACCUCGAAUGGCAAAGCGUUGCCCACAUCUGUUCCGUACCAAGCCCACACUUGGCGCCAACGAUCUCCUCAUUGUCCGCAGCGAGGACUACGAUACACCAGCAUCCCCCGGAUCCCUGGACGCGGAGGAUUCCCUGGACCAAAGGGAUGUUGUGGCUGUCAUUAGUCCUCUUCCUCAAAUGGGUGAUGAGUCGGCUGAGAUUGUGAUGGAGGAUGGAUCAACAUGGGAAUCGAGCUUGAUGCCCAAUGGCUCAUAUGAAUUUAUCGGAGUUGACGAGCGAGGACGAAUCAGUACGGCGCGAUGGGUUAAGAAGACCUCGAUGCCAACAUCUCCCAUGCCUAGCAGCUACGGCGAGCCAACGCCACCUUCCAGUCCACUACCGGCAGAAGUCAAGUGGACUUUCAGUAUGAUACACCCUGAUACACGAAGACAUCCUAUCAUGGGCUCCCUCAUGUCGAGUACGCUGGACGUCUUCGAUACCUAUAACACCAUGUCGACCUCAAGCGGUCGUUAUCCUCCUACACGAAGCACACCGAUAGACCCUAAACUUGCUAGCGACUGGAUCGUUUCGAACCCACCCGAGAUCCAAUCGCGAUUAACCAAAAUGGUACCGAACGACAUCAAGCUGUUGAUGGUCGCAACUGCAUCUUGGGUCAACCUUCGACAAAGCGGGUGGUCAGCGUCUGGAAUUUGCAGGCCACCCACAUUACAGAAACGCACACUUAGUAACGGCGGCCAGCAGAGAGCUCAAACGUUUCCUGUUCGGCCAAGCCUUCCUCUCUUCAACCCUUCUCAUCAAUUACCACACGUCAAUACCAGUCCAGCUAGCAGUUCAUUGGAUAGCUCUUCGUCGGAUAUCCCUUGCCGUCGAAGGUCAGUAUCCAACAAUGUUGGAUUCGUCAAGAGAUUUGUGGCACCUCGUGUCAGUGAGGAUGGUAGACCACCACUGGAGUCACUGAGUGUCAAGCCCGAUAGGCCACCAACGAGACGUGUAAGCAUUAGCAUGCGACAGUUUGCGGACAAGAUAUUCCGAAGGAGAAGUAAUUCUCACGCACAGGUUGAAGAUACCUUCCAUCCCAGAUAG